CAACACUGAUCAUGAGUUGAUUGAUUUUAUUUGAUCAGAGAACCUUGUUGUUUUAAUCAAACAGUUGCUUUUGUCGACGUCCUGCCUCGAACAUCACCUGCCAGGGACUGAUUUCAGAUUAUGUGACGUCCAGACCGUCGCGCUGCUCCAGCUGGAGGAUCGACGGACAGACACACCCUGUUCUUCCCUGCGACAUCUCUCCUGCUUGUCAGACUGAUGCACAGACAGACUUAAAUAUAUGUGCAUGCAUUAUAAGCAGCUUGGUUUCUUUAAAGCCAGUAAGUCUGCAAAAAUAAAGCUCCAUAAAAGAUUUUGAAAGUUAUUUAUACUUUAUUUAAUAGUAUGUACAGUGGAGAGAGGCGAUCACAUGCAACAUCAAGACGACAUGUGCCUGUGUGCUUCAGUCCUCAAUCCUGAAUUAACAUGUAAUUGAGAUUCAGCCGCUGUAGCCGCCAGCCCUCUCUCGCCCUCCGUCUCAAAGGCCUCGUGUGGAAAACAGCUUUUGAUUUGUAUCUUCAGCAUCAGCAGCUCAAACUGGGUGGGAUCAUUGUAUUGUGCACCAGAUGUUAAGUGCAGGAAAGUCUGUCAAAAACCACUUCCGCUCUCAAACCCUUUCUCACCAGUAGAGGUGUUUCCUCCCCACAUCAUUUUGUGGUGUUAUGAUAAAAAGUGUGUUUGUGUCACAUUUGCCUUCGUGGAUUCGUGGGGAACAAUAUUGUUAUUUGGAAUAAGAUGCAGGCCCUUACCCAGCUGGCAAGCGAGCUUUCCAUACAGGAGGACAGGGACAGGAGCCUGAUUGCAGACAUGCCUCAAGUGUUGGACAUUGAGCGUUGUGAUCUAGAGAUUAAGAGCAACAAAAUCAGGCAUCACACGGAGCUGAAUGGAGAGGAGCGCUUGAUUGUCAGAAGGGGACAGCCCUUCAGCGUCACUUUGCACCUCAAACCCGGAAGCCAGGAGUUCACGCCCGGGGAAACCAGCUUCACACUCAUCGUCCAAACAGGUCCAUUACCCAGGGAGGAAUCGGACACCAAGGUUUCCUUUGGUCUGAGCGACUCCACAGUGGAAGCUGAAUGGAGCGCUUCAGCCACCCCUGGUCCCUCUGGAAACACAGUGUCUGUGUCCAUCAGUUCCUCCCCCAACGCACCCAUAGGUGUCUACUCUCUGACCCUGGACCAGGAGGGGCAGAAGACCAGUUUGGGGGACUUCACCCUGCUCUAUAAUCCUUGGUGUCCCAGAGAUGCUGUUUACAUGUCGAGUGAGACGAAGAGGCAGGAGUAUGUUUUAGCUCAACACGGCCUGAUCUACAGAGGCACUCACAAACGAAACAAAGGCACACCCUGGAACUUUGGCCAGUUUGAGCCUGGGAUACUGGACAUCUGUUUCAAGAUCUUGGAUGAAAAUCCCAAGUUUGUAUCCAACGCUGACCAGGACUGCUGUGCCAGGAGAAACCCCAUCUAUGUGACCCGGGUGCUGAGCGCCAUGAUAAACAGUAAUAACGACAGAGGAGUGCUGGUGGGAGAGUGGUAUGACUUUGAGGGCGGGGUGCACCCCACCGACUGGAUUGGCAGUGGGGACAUUUUGCAGCAGUGGGCAGAGAGCGGUCCCGUGAGUUUCGGCCAGUGCUGGGUCUUUGCUGCUGUUGAAUGCACAGUGUCUCGUGCUCUGGGUAUCCCGUGUCGAGUUGUUACUAACUUUGAAUCCGCACACGAUGCAAACGCCAACUUGGUGAUAGAGAACAUUUAUGAUGAGAAUGGCGAAGAUAUUUCCGAGGGUGAUUCGAUAUGGAACUUCCAUGUCUGGGUGGAUAGCUGGAUGACUCGUCCGGAUUUGGGAUCAGACUAUGAUGGAUGGCAGGCGAGCGACCCAACUCCUCAAGAGGAAAGUGAAGGUGUUUUCUGCUGCGGGCCCGUCCCGCUGAAGGCCAUCAAGGAGGGUGAGCUCACCAAGAAGUAUGACGCUCCCUUUGUUUUCGCUGAGGUUAAUGCCGAUGUGGUGAACUUGAUACGAAUGUCAAAUGGAGAGGAUGUCAUGUUCAGCAGCUCCACAAAGUCUGUUGGACGCAACAUCAGCACCAAAGCUGUGGGCUUGGAUGAGAGGCAUGACAUCACACACCAGUACAAGUACCCUGAAGGUACAGAGGAGGAGAGGAAGGUGUAUGAGAAGGCCCAACAUCACAACAAGCUACAGAAGAAGGGAGAAGAGCCGGGACUUCAUCUCAAGAUCAAGCUGGCCAAAAACAUGGUCAUCGGCUCGGACUUUGAAGUGCACGCUGUCCUCAGAAACAACUGCAUGGUGGCCAGAACCUGCAACUUCAUGCUGUUCGCCAACGCUGUCGGCUACAACGGCAAACGAGGAGAGAGCUGCGGAUUUGUCUCCAGCAAAGUGGAGGUGAACUCCGGGGAAGAGGAGCGCCUCCCCCUGAAACUGAAGUACACCAGAUAUGGAUCAUUGAUCACUUCUGAUAGGCUGAUCCAGCUGGUAGCCAUCACCAUGGACAAGCAGACCAGGAGCUACCACAAGGCCGAGAAGACCAUCGUGCUAGAUGAGCCGGAUAUAGAGAUCAAGCUGGUGGGAGAAGCCACGGUGAACCAGCCCAUGACAGCAGAGCUGCUCCUGCUGAACCCGCUGCCCGAGCCGCUGGAGGACUGCAGCUUCACUGUGGAGGGAGUCGGCCUCACUGACGGCAAACCCAUCACACUGAAGAUCGAAGCUGUGGGUCCCAAAGAGGAAGCGAAGACCAGCGUCGACUUCACCCCGAGCAGCGCCGGCUCCUCCGUCCUCCUGGUGAACUUCAGAAGCAACAAACUGAAGAACAUCAGGAGCUUCAUCAACAUCACCGUCCAGGAGUGUGUUUUCUGCUGCGGGCCCGUCCCGCUGAAGGCCAUCAAGGAGGGCGAGCUCACCAAGAAGUAUGACGCUCCCUUUGUUUUCGCUGAGGUUAAUGCCGAUGUGGUGAACUUGAUACGAAUGUCAAAUGGAGAGGAUGUCAUGUUCAGCAGCUCCACAAAGUCUGUUGGACGCAACAUCAGCACCAAAGCUGUGGGCUUGGAUGAGAGGCACGACAUCACACACCAGUACAAGUACCCUGAAGGUUCAGAGGAGGAGAGGAAGGUGUAUGAGAAGGCCCAACAUCACAACAAGCUACAGAAGAAGGGAGAAGAGCCGGGACUCCAUCUCAAGAUCAAGCUGGCCAAAAACAUGGUCAUCGGCUCGGACUUUGAAGUGCACGCUGUCCUCAGAAACAACUGCAUGGUGGCCAGAACCUGCACCUUCAUGCUGCUCGCCAACGCUGUCGGCUACAACGGCAAACGAGGAGAGAGCUGUGGAUUUACCUCCAGCAAAGUGGAGGUGAACUCCGGGGAAGAGGAGCGCCUCCCCCUGAAACUGAAGUACACCAGAUAUGGAUCAUUGAUCACUUCUGAUAGGCUGAUCCAGCUGGUAGCCAUCACCAUGGACAAGCAGACCAGGAGCUACCACAAGGCCGAGAAGACCAUCGUGCUAGAUGAGCCGGAUAUAGAGAUCAAGCUGGUGGGAGAAGCCACGGUGAACCAGCCCAUGACGGCAGAGCUGCUCCUGCUGAACCCGCUGCCCGAGCCGCUGGAGGACUGCAGCUUCACUGUGGAGGGAGUCGGCCUCACUGACGGCAAACCCAUCACACUGAAGAUCGAGGCUGUGGGUCCCAAAGAGGAAGCGAAGGCCAGUGUCGACUUCACCCCGAGCAGCGCCGGCUCCUCCGUCCUCCUGGUGAACUUCAGAAGCAACAAACUGAAGAACAUCAGGAGCUUCAUCAACAUCACCGUCCAGGAGUGAGGAUGAGGAGGAUGAGGAUGAUGCACGUCACUGGAGCCGGGACGUUCAACAGCGUCACAGCACUAACAUCUUUGUUUUUACCACUGGACUAGAAUGUGCAAGACUAAUAUCAGAGUCACUGAUUACCUAAAAUUAAUUAAGACAAUCAAACCAGUAUUUUAUCAUGCAGAAGU